AUGGCCUUCAGUGCUCUGAGGCGAAGUCAGAGGGAUGGCAGAGGCAAAGGCAAAAACACUACAAGGAGCGAGAACACAGAUAUUGAUCCCAAUGAAGAAAUCCGAAUGGUGCUGAUCGGAAAGACAGGAAAUGGGAAGAGUGAAUCGGGAAACAACAUCCUAAAUCGAAAGGCUUUUGCGUCAGUCCUCUCUCCGCAGUCUGUGACGUCAGAGUGUGAAAAGGCCAAAGGGAUGGUGGAUGGACGCAGGGUCGCAGUCAUCGACACACCUGGAAUAUACGACACAAAGUACAAAGAAGCCGAGGUGCUCGGGAAGCUGAAGGAGUGCAUCUCUUUCUCCGCUCCCGGCCCACACGUGUUCCUGAUUGUGGUCAAGUUGAGCAGAUUCACAGAGGAAGAACAGAAAACUGUUGAACUUCUGCAGCAGGUGUUUGGUGACAAAGCUGCAGACUACUCCAUGGUUCUCUUCACUCACGGUGACCGGCUGGGACAGACAAAAAUUGAAGACUUUUUUAGAAAAAGUCAUCAACUUAGCCAUUUGAUCAGAAAAUGUAACGGGCGGUAUCACGUCCUCAAUAACACACUGUCCGAUAACAGCCAGGGGCCUCAGCUGCUCGCAAAGAUAGUAAAGAUGAUCGGUGAAAAUGGAGGAACGUUUUACACAAAUGAAAUGUUCCAGGAGGCAGAAAAAGCGAUCCAAGAACAGCAACUAAAGAUUUUGAAGGCCAGUGCCGAGCAAAAACUCAGAGAAGAGGAAAAACUGAGGGCGAUGUUUGAAGGAGAGCACCUGCAGAAAGAGUUGAAUAAUCUCAAUAAUGAGUACAAACGAAAAUCAAGAGAAAAGGCAGAGAGGAAAAACAAAUUCAUUCACACUGGUCUGGUCAUAACAACUGCUGAAGUGGGUAUGGCAAUCGGUGCUGGGGCAGCAGCUGUUGGAGGUCCAAUUUGCAUCGCCGUCGGAGCAGCGGUGGGCGGAGCAGUCGGGGCUGUAGUGGGAGUCUUAGCACCAGCAGCAGUGAUAGCUCUGAAAAAUAAAUGCUCUGUGCAAUAA